UCUGUGAGAACUUUGGAAUCACGAUUAGCUACUCCAGGGCCUUGUCAAAACAAGUGUGGAGCCAACUCUGUUACUGACUAAAGACAAAACGCCCAGCUGAAAACACUGAAGAUGUCUCAUUGGAAGGCUGCACCGUUUCUCCCCAUAUUCUGGCUGUUUCUGUGCUUGUCCGGAGCCGGAGUCCGUGCCGCUGGUGUGUCCUGUCUGAACGAGCAGGGGAAACCUGUGGACUGGUUUAUUGCGUACAAAAUCCCGAAGAUUUCAGAGAGUUCGUACAAACUGGUACAGGAAGGCCUGGGACAUGUCUACAUGGAUGCUAACACAAAGAAGUGGAGUGAUGUUUCUCCGGAAUCCCUGAACAACACCAACAAUGCGAUCGGCCGUACCUUACAGCAGAUGUACAGUAGAGCAAGUGGACAGGAUAUUGCCUAUCUGCUUUACGACGAUGAGCUGCCAAACGACACGUUAGCUGCCACCUCUACCAGCAGGGGACACACUAAAGGUGUGUUAGUGUUUGAUAAGAGCGGAGGCUUUUGGUUGGUCCACAGCACCCCCAAGUUCCCCAACCCUGCCAAAGACUCGUACUCCUGGCCUGAGAAUGCCAUCAUCUACGGACAGAGUUUCCUCUGUAUCAGCUUCCAGUACAUAGAGUUUGAAAAGAUUGGACAACAGCUCCUGUACACCUGGCCCAGGGUCUACGAUAGCCAGCUCCCAGCAUCCUUUGCUCCUGACUUCCCGUCCCUGUCCAAGGUGCUAAAAGGUCAGCACGUGGGGUCGUCGCCAUGGAACCACACCCUGAUACUCACCUCCAGGGGUGGGCAGCAGUUCCACAGCUUUGUCAAGUUUGGGACCUUUGAUGCAGACAUCUAUGCCCAGUGGCUGGCUCCAUAUUUCCAGACUGGGCUGUUGACGGAAACUUGGCAGAAUGGAGCAGGGAAACUAAACUCUUUUUGUGGAAAAUACAAGGUGAUGAACAUCAAAGAAGUCAAACUUCCCAACAACAUCAGCUUCACCUCCACCAAGGACCACUCCAAAUGGGCCGUCACCCUGAAGACCGGGAACCCCUGGACAUGUAUAGGGGGACUCAAUAGACAGAUGAGUCAGGAGGACCGGCCUGGUGGCACUGUGUGUGUCAAUCAUCCCCAAAUAUGGCAGGCCUUCGUCUCCAUUGUCAAGGACAUGGAGACAUGUACCAAGUCUGAGGACUAGAUAACAUCACUUAAAUAUGUACCAUGAGACCUUGAGAUACAUAAUCAAAAGGAAAAACAGAGGUUGGGUUGUGGGGAUUAGUAUUGUUCAGGAUCUUUACCGACUUGCUCCCCUCAGAAGGAUCUGCCAGUAGCCAAAGGAUACUCCUAGACAAGCUACACUCUUUGGCCAGCUUUUGAUAUUAUUUAUAAUUGAUACCACAGGAUCUGCUUGGAGAUUAAUAUACAACCACAUCUGAGACAUAAACAAUGUAGCUAGACAACAGCAAUUACAGAUUUUUAAAUAUAAACAACUAGAUAACAACAGAUAACAUUUCAAUCAUCCCAUAAUUAUUGUUAGCUAGCAGGAAAGAUUUUCACUUUUUAUAGAUCUAAUACACCAACAGAGUAGUAAGUGUAAGCUAUCUUGACCACUUUAUAAGCUUUAUAGUAUUCAUAUUGUAAGCCAUGGAUUAGAUCAACCUUAUUAACUUGUUUUUAAUUAUUAUUUAACCAGGUUUCAUGCUGUGUGUGUCUGAAAAAGUGAAUAACUGGCUGGACCAGUACAUUGUGUUUUAUACAAGACUAUGUUGGGGUUUGCAUUUUACAAAAAGACCAUUUUGCAGGAUUUUAUUGUAUAGAGACCACUGUUGUCAUUGUUUUAGACCAUCUAUCAAGAUGAAAAGAGUUGGAGAUGUUGUACCGUACUGUGCUGCAUUCAAACAACUUUGGUUGCAUAUUAGAUAUUUUACCCACAAACUUACAAGUUGUGUAAUACUGUAUACUAUAAAAAAAUUAAGAUGUCUUCCUGCUGUAGUCAUUGAUAGGUAAUUUUUGACAUAAGCAACUCCUGUCAGCUAUAUUAAGGCGCUAACUCUUAUAUAAUUCAGUCUCUACAUGUACCAGGUAUCAAAAUCAUGGAAUAAAAAUGAUUUCAGUCUCUAAA